GAAAUCAACAAUUCAAAAUCAAACUCCUAAGAUCUUCACCACUAGCUCACCAAGAUGAACCAAUUAUUCGUCGUAAUCACAUUGGUGGUUUUCGCUGUCGUUGGCGUCCUUUUUUUCCUAUACUACGUCUGCCAGAAAUGGGAAGCGUUCCACCACGAUCCCCUGGACCUCGAGGCCGGCAACUAUGAGAUGGGAAGUUGGGAACACCGCGGUGCUGGUUUUGAUGGCGGUGACGGCGACAUGGAAGGAGGAACUGCUGCUGCCAGAGAUAAUGGAAUCACCACUGCUGGUGCAGCUGUCGAAGCUUCAGAUGGAGAUAGCGGGGAUAUUGGUUUGGCUCGCACCUUGCCGUUGGAGGGAUGAAGGAUACUGGUGUUUUCUGCGCCUGCAGGCAAAGCUCUACUUCAAGUAGCAAUCCAAUCGUCCUUCUCGCACAGAAAAUUCUAUACCUUUAUA